AGCGCAGCCGGCAGCUGCGGAGCUGCGGGAACCGGACUCCGGGCGGGCUGGACCGCUGGAGUCAACGAGCAAAGCAGGCGAGAUCUGCUUACAAGAUGCCCACUAUGUGCUCAAAAGCACGAGUUUCCAUCUGUGUAGAAUGUCAGACGGGAAGAGUUAAUUGGAAAGUCAUUGCCUGGAAUCCCCAGCGCGGAGAGUAACGAGAGCUUUUAGGUUAAUUUGAAUGCAAGAUCAGAUCUGAUUGGCCCACCUGUACACCUCUUCAAGCAAAGCCCAUAUUCUCCGUGAGAGGAGUAAGCGACAUAGAUCAAGAUGAAUGCCAUGCUGGAGACCCCUGAGCUCCCCGCCGUAUUUGAUGGGGUGAAGCUGGCUGCCGUAGCUGCAGUUCUCUACGUCAUCGUGCGGUGUUUGAACCUGAAGAGCCCUACUGCCCCUCCUGACCUCUACUUCCAGGACUCCGGGCUCUCACGUUUCCUGCUCAAAUCCUGUCCUCUUCUGACCAAAGAAUACAUUCCGCCACUGAUCUGGGGGAAAAGCGGACAUAUCCAGACAGCCUUGUAUGGGAAGAUGGGGAGGGUGAGGUCGCCACACCCUUACGGGCACCGCAAGUUCAUCACCAUGUCGGAUGGUGCCACUUCUACAUUUGACCUCUUCGAGCCCCUGGCUGAGCAUUGUGUUGGAGAUGACAUCACCAUGGUCAUCUGUCCUGGAAUUGCCAAUCACAGUGAGAAGCAGUAUAUCCGAACCUUCGUCGACUAUGCCCAGAAAAAUGGCUACCGCUGCGCAGUGCUAAACCACCUGGGAGCCCUCCCCAACAUUGAACUGACCUCCCCACGCAUGUUCACCUAUGGCUGCACGUGGGAAUUUGGAGCCAUGGUGAACUACAUCAAGAGGACAUAUCCCCAGACCCAGCUGGUCGUCGUGGGCUUCAGCCUGGGUGGUAACAUCGUGUGCAAAUACUUGGGCGAGACACAGGCAAACCAGGAAAGGGUCCUGUGCUGUGUCAGUGUAUGCCAGGGGUACAGUGCACUGAGGGCCCAGGAGACCUUCAUGCAGUGGGACCAGUGCCGCCGGUUCUACAACUUCCUCAUGGCUGACAACAUGAAGAAGAUCAUCCUGUCUCACAGACAAGCUCUCUUUGGAGACCAUGUUAAGAAACCCCAGAGCCUGGAGGACACGGACUUGAGCCGGCUCUACACAGCAACGUCCCUGAUGCAGAUUGAUGACAACGUGAUGAGAAAGUUCCAUGGCUAUAACUCCCUGAAGGAAUAUUAUGAGGAAGAGAGCUGCAUGAGGUACCUGCACAGGAUAUACGUGCCUCUCAUGCUGGUUAACGCAGCUGAUGACCCCUUGGUGCACGAAAGCCUUCUAACCAUUCCAAAGUCUCUCUCAGAGAAACGGGAGAAUGUCAUGUUUGUGUUGCCUCUGCAUGGGGGCCACCUGGGCUUCUUCGAGGGCUCCGUGCUGUUCCCUGAGCCGCUGACGUGGAUGGAUAAGCUGGUGGUGGAGUACGCCAAUGCCAUCUGCCAAUGGGAAAGGAAUAAGUCCCAGUGCUCAGACACGGAGCAGAUGGAGGCGGAGUUGGAAUGAGGCCUCCAGACUCUGACGUGCUCCAGCGGCCCUCCUCUGGAACCCACGUCUCUUCUACGGCUGUUUCAGGUCUCCCAGUGACCUGGAUCUGACCUCAUACCAUCACUGGGGGGUUACCCAUCAUGCAACCUGUCUCAAGUAGGCGGCUCUCCCUGGGAGCUCCAGGCUAUUUUUGUGCUUAGUUACGGGUUUUCUCCAUUGCAUUGUAAGCCAUGGUGACAAGCUACAAGAUUCUCACCCUUCUGUCCAGUUUCAUUAUCUGAUUGCUUUCACACUGGUUACACCUAGUUUUCCUAUUAAGGAGCGAGUCUGAACUACAGUUUUGCUUUGCCAGUCAAAGGCCUGUCCCUGAGAACAGUGGAGGAUGUUUGUCACUUUGUGAUGGAUGUGUGCUCCCUACUAGAGGCCACACCAAGAGGUCAGCAUCUCUAGUGCUGAAGAAGUCACUCAGCUUGGGAGUCUGAAAACCUGGGGCUUCCUGAGUUUUGCCUAUGAAGCAAAGGAAAUUGUCUGAAUCAAAAGCCAAGUGUUCCUUCUCAUUGUCUUCUAAGACACCUGUGUCUUUGUCUUGCUGCUGCUGAGAGUUGCAUGGGGCACUUGUCUAAAAAUUCAGCCUCCCAGAUCCCUCCCCUCAGAGAGGCUGGCUUAGUAGGCUCGGGAAGGGCUCUGGGGAUUUUAAUUUUUGACAAAUGCCCCAGGGAAUUCUCAUCAUCCAGCAAACUGAGGGGAACACCAUACUACCAUGCCUUUAAGUUAGAAAGAUCUUGGUGGCUCAUUCAAUUGACAUGUAUAAGCCACAGUGUCUCUUUGCUCCCAGAGACCUCCAGAGUAGCAAGGCCUGUUGUAUGGCUGCCCUUGUGUGAUCUCCCUAAAAGGGAGAAGACAUCUGAGCUGAUCCCUGGCUCUGUUCUCCCCUCCCCGGCUGUAUGACCCUGGAUGAGUCCCUUUGGACUUGACUCUCCUCCCCUAUUAAGUGGGGGAUUGGACCAGGUAGAUUGCCGAGAUGACCACCAGUUUAUCCUUUCAGGGGUGCCUGGGACUCCACCUCCCAGGCUGAGCAUGUAAACACCAUUAAUUGCAUUUUCCCCUUCCCCAUUUCAUAGAAAGAGAUUUGAGAGUCUUAGUCACUCUCUUGUAAUGUUAGUUUUUCAUCCCAAUUCUACCCAACGUCUAAUUGAUACCAAACAACCCAAAAGUUGGAUGUGAGUUUAAAGAAAUAUAUUUCCAGCUAAGAGAAGAGGGUGUUCUUUUGAAGUUGGUUUGUACUUAAGUAGCCCCUCUGUGUUGUCUGUUGGGGAGAUCUUUCUGAAAUGUCUUCUCAAGCAGACUUCUCACUCUAGGGUUCAAGUACUCUGGGAACCCUGUGGUACUUGAGUCCCUAAGAACCUGCACUUUGAAAAGUCCGCAGUUGCUAUCUGGAAUUGAAUAAGACUUAUGGGUGAAUUGCCUGGAUGCACGAUUGUUUCCUCUGCUUCAUUUCCAUUGGCACCAGGACAGACUGAGAUGUAGUCAUGGGUUUGUGUGGAUAUUAAAGGAGCCACCUGAACACCUCGGGGGUUCAGAGCCUGGGCACUGGCCCGAGAGACUGACAGGAAAGCCUGUACAUGAAGCACUGUUUUUCUGACAAUCACUGGAUCAUCCCAGUCAUCAGUAGCCGUUCUCUCAGAGCACUGAGAUGUCUGCAGCCUCCAGUUUGCUUUUUGCUAUAAUUUCUCACACUCAACUGAAUCCUGUCCCUGUGCCCCUCUCAUGGUGGCCAUUUCUCUGUUGCAUUUCUCUUAGCACAGAUUGGCACUUUAUCAUUCAUCCCUCGAUUUGGAAGCGAAUCCUCUGUCGAUUUUUCCCUCCACCCUACCACAGCUAUAAUCUA